UUUCCUGAUGCUGCUGUGUUUUCAACGACACAUUUCAAAUUUUGGUCUAAUUUUGGACAUUUUCCUGUUUCUUUGGUUUGGAAAAGAAUGGCUCGGUCUCCAGUGCUCUCUCUUCUCUGAGUGUGAACGUCAGCAGCCUCUGGUGCUGGUGGGGCUUUGGGAGGUUGAUGGCGAGGUUCCAGUUGGCCCACGUCAAAGUGAGCUGGACGGGGCUUUUGGCCCUGGCCCACCUCACCUACCUGCUGGUCGGGGCCACCAUCUUCCAGAUUCUGGAGCGAGAGGCUGAGAGCAACAACCGCAACCACUUCCAGCUGGAGAAGCUGCACUUCUUGGCCAAUUACACGUGUCUGGACGGACCGGCCCUGGAGAAGUUUGUUCAGGUGAUUUUGGAUGCCUGGGAAAAAGGAGUGAAUCCUUCUGGCAACUCUACAAACCCCAGUAACUGGGAUUUCAGCAGCUCCUUCUUUUUUGCAGGCACCGUAGUCACAACUAUAGGAUAUGGUAACCUCUCCCCCAGCACCGUGUCCGGUCAGGUGUUCUGCGUGUUUUACGCGCUCUGUGGCAUUCCGCUGAAUCUGGCCUUCCUCAAGCAGAUGGGGAAGUGUCUCACCAUCCACCUGGGUCGACUGAAGAGGGCGAUGGUCUCAGUUGUUCCACACAAGCAAACAGUAGAGGCUCUAGCAGUGAGUUUCUUCUUCAUCAGUGGCAGCCUGCUUUUUCUGGUCAUCCCUCCCCUGCUCUUCAGUUAUGUGGAAGGCUGGACGUUCGGCGAAGGUUUCUAUUUCACCUUCAUUACCCUCAGCACCAUCGGUUUUGGAGAUUAUGUGGUGGGGACUGACCCGGGUAAGGAGUACAUCUCUCUCUACCGGAGCCUUGCAGGUAUAUGGAUCAUUUUUGCGUUGGCGUGGCUCGCUCUCAUCCUCAACAUGGGAUCCAGAGUGAUGGAGCAUGUGGUCGUCAUGACUCACCCGGGCUUUAAGAAACAACAGGAGGAGGAGGAGGAGGACGCGUCGUCCUGCAAACUAGAGGACACGUCAAAGAUCUAACUAUGGACUUCACAGUAGACUGUAAUAUUAACACUAGGUAGACCAUAUUUUGUAUGAUUGUGUUUACUGUACAUAUUGUGAUAAGAAAACUGGUGUCGCAUCAUCUAAUAUAUUAGCAAAACUGUUGUAAAUUUGUGUUUCCAUAUUUAUUCCUUCCUAUACAUACUUUGCUUCAUGUUUCACCUGACAAUGAUUGUUUUGAUGUAUUUACCUGAUGCAUUAGGCUCAUAAAUACAUGAAAGGUUUUUGUUUGACAGUUCUACCUCAGUUACACCAGAGUCAGUACAGAAGAUCAGGACCUGAAUUUAUUUCUGGAGAUGAAACUUGAAGACAUUUCACCACAAUGUGGCCAGAGACAUGUUCAUUCACCUAAACUGAACUGAUACUAUGAAAGAAAUAUAACGUAUUUCAUUCUGCAAAUACAUGAUUUUCAUUUCUUCUAAAUGUGAAAACUGUUUUCGAUAGCAAUUAACUUUUCAAAUUAAAAUAAACUGGAUAUAUUUAUGAUGCAUAAAUAAAGGAGUUUAUAACAGAGAAGCGACUGAAGUGAAAUUGUGCGGUUUUUGGAUAAUAAAUAUCAGGGAAAACAUUAAGUACAAUAAGGUUAAGUAAACACAGUGAUUAGAAACAAGUGUCAUGAGGAAUAACACUAGUGAUGACCACUGAUACUCUGUGUGUGUUCACCUCUAUUUUUACACGGCAAUUGUCAAGAUUAUGAGCCGUCAUCAGAGACCUCUGUGUUUUAAAACUUAAGUCAUG